CUUUACUGAGCAUGCCUUGACUCUUUCAUGUAAAGGCAUCUUAAUUACACCUUUUUUUCUUGGUGGUGUUGGUUGCUGUCGAAUAACUUUUUGACGAGGGUCUAUUUACUUCUUAAAAAACUAACGCUAACGAUGGCACGGCUCGUUACAAAAUCCACCGAAUUGGUAAAACUUGGUAUUAAUCACACAAAGCCUGUGCUGCAAGUAUGGCUGCAGUACGCCAAAGUUGAAUUGACGCCACCUAGUCUAAAGGAUAUUCCUGCGAUUCGUAGCGGAUUUUCAAAGUUGAUUCACUCUGCACGGACUGGCCGCUAUCGUGAUGUUACUGUGCGCGAGGGUAUCAUAAAUACUCUAGUGGCUGCUGAAAUAUAUUGCUGGUUCUUUGUUGGCGAAUGUAUCGGAAAGCGGCAUAUUGUCGGAUAUGAUGUUUAAAUACAUUAUACAUGUACAAUGUUACAUAGAUAAUUCUGUAUAAAUAAAUUAUAGACUUGCCCGUAAAUAUACGAAAUAUUAAUCAAA